AUCGAUUUCGAUGUCAACAAAUUCAAAGUGUCGGCAAAGAAAAUAAAACAUGGGGUCAUUGGAAGAUGAGAAAGAUGAUCCUACAGAUGAUGGAGGUGAUACUGAAGUUGUUUUGGACUUGUCUGGUCGCAAGUUGACCAAACUUGAGAAAGCUCCCAGCAACAGAGCCUUUGCAACUGCUCUUGUGCUUGAUGACAACUGUCUGCAAAAUCUCACCAACCUUGACAGCUAUGGAGAACUUCAAAGAAUAUCCCUGAGCAACAAUAAAGUGAUGAGGAUGUACUGGUUUGCACGCAUGUAUUCCCUGCGCAUUCUCAACUUGCCUGGCAACAACAUAGUAACUGUGGAAGGCCUUAAAGAACUCCAGCACCUGGUGCAUCUAAACCUUGCUGCCAACAGCAUCAAGACUAUGGAUGGAAUAUCUCACUGCCACAAAUUGGAACAUUUGAAUCUCUCUGGUAAUGCUAUAUGUGCCCUCUCUGACCUCACAUCUCUGCCCAAGCUCAAAGAAUUAUUCUUGCACCGUAACCGCCUGAUGAACUUGAAUCGCGGUAAUAAAUACUUGCCAACGUCGUUGGUAAUCUUCACGCUGUCGGACAACCUUCUGGCAGACCUCAAUGAUCUCUGUCAUCUGUCACACCUCAGCAACCUCGAGCAGUUCACCAUACUCAACAACCCAUGUCUUCAACCUUUCCAGCUCACAGAUGAAACUGGUCGACCUACUGGAGCACCUCUGGCGUUUGACUACCGUCCCUACGUGAUCAAUUGGUGUCUCAACCUCAAGGUGUUGGAUGGCUAUAAAGUUACUCCCAUGGAGAGCCUGAAGGGAGAGUGGCUGUACUCACAAGGUCGCGGCCGCGGUUUUCAGCUGGGCGAGCACGGGCCUUUAGUUCAGUACCUGAGUGGGGUGUGUCUGGUGGGGGGAGGCUGGGGGGGAGCCGCACUCCCCGAGACUGAUCACAAACUUGUCAAAAUCUUGCAACUUGCCAAGCAGCAUCAGCAAGACCUGCGGCAGAAGGAGGAUGGGGAAGGCGGUCACAAUUCUCUUGGAAAUGCAGCAUGUGGGGCAGCACCAGCCAGUGGUCGCGGGCUGUCGGUGUCGCAACACUCGUCGCCCGCCACCCACCGCCGCUUUACACACUCUCGGCCACCGCCCCACAACCGCCGCCAUACCGCCCCGACGCGUAUUUGCCCGGCCGACCGCCGCAGCGCUGCGAGGGCGGCUUGCCAACAGCAACAUUUGAAGCUGCAGAAACUACAGCAACAGCAACAAGAGCCGAAGUAUCACGUAGAGCUGUCGAGUACGCUGUACGGCGGAGGGCUGAAGACUCCCGACGCUCCGUGUGGAGGACUCAUGACCCAGAGCAUGGACCCAUCCAUGUUGCUGGGGCCCUUGGGUGACGGGGCCUCCCCCAACCUCUUCGGUGGGGGCGCCAUGACCGCGUCUGUGAUGACUCGCUCCCUGGGGGCUGAGCAACUGCAAGAGGCGCUCGUCUCUGGCCUCGCUCCCAGCCGGAGUCAGCAGCUUGUGACGACCAACAUGGACCCAGAGGAGUCUGGGCCAGCUUCUCUUCACUCGGGUGUGCCGCUUAGCAUGACCCAGAGUCUGGGUCCUGAGCAACUGGCCCAGAAAUUAUCGCUUCCUCAUGUUAAUGCCGAGUCCAGAUCUAGUGACCGGAUGGCUCUGAGCUACCACGAUGCGUGGCGGUCUGAAGAACAGAGUUACAGUCUCACGAACGGUCUAAACGACAACCUUACGCAACCUGGUUGUCUUUAUGAGGACGAGAACUCGUACCGCCAGUAUGGAGAGGGCGCCGUGCAACUAAGCGGCAGCAGCUCCUUCGUGCCCGCCCCCGAGAGCGUCAUAAGCCCCGAGCAGCGAUCUCCUGCUGGAGGGUCUCACUCCUACCGCCCCGCCUCAGCUCCCCAUCGUCCUCCCAUCAAUAAUGUCUCCAACAACAUCUUUCAUCAGCAUCCGCAACUCGUUCAGCAAAAUUACGAUAAGCAGCCUGCUAAUCAUGCGGCUAAUGUCCACAAGCAGCAUCAACAAACACUCAAAAAUCAUUCCACACUCCUUCAGCAGCAAUCACAGCAUCAGUCCAUGAUUCCCCAGCAGCAGCCACCGCACAAUCAUGCCAUGCUUCAGCACCAGCAGCAGCCGCCGCCGCCGCUACCACCGAACCACCACUCCAUGCCGCAGCAACCCUCCCCUGCAGCUCCUCAGUCACUGCCCCAUCACCCAGGGAUGUCAGCUCACCAGGCCUCGCACCAGGCAGCAGAUCACCGUCAGCAGGAGCUGAGUGCUCCUAAGGGCGCCAGAAGCGGCCUCCAGCGCUCAGGAGCUGCACGCGGGGCGCCGCCCCCACGAUCGCAGCCAACCACAGCCAUGGCGUCUCCCAAGUUGGGGAACUGCCGCGCUAGAAGUGCCGGGGCUAAAGGACCUGGCCUGGGGAACGAGUCGCCACGCCUGCCUUCUGCGCGUCCCGCAACUUCCCCUAAGCCAACCCUGCGAGCCCCACGAGGCCGGGGCAACCCUCCUCCUCAGAGCAUCUCGACGAGCUACCCCCAGCACGGACCUGACGAUUGCUCUGACUCCGACAACACGGACUCUGAAGUGUCAGUCUCUAAGCUGCAGACCAUCAAGAGCAUCGCUGCUGAACGUCGCAUGACUGAACGCGGACGAGACCCAACUCCCCCUCGGCAGUACGGAGCACCGUCCGCUAAAGACCAACCUGGAAGUGCUGCUGGACAUGAGGGAAGUCAUUCUAUCUACAACAUCCGCCAACAGAGCCUGCCUUACAACCCGGACAACUACAGGCCAGAGAGUGCUCAUAGCGCGGACGGUCGUGGCGGAGGAAGCUCAAGCCGCAGCAGCAGCAGCGCGUCUCGCAGCGGCGCUACCACGACCCAUGGCAAUGUUCAACGCUCCUCCAGCAAAUCUCGGCCUGCACUUCAUGACGAAGGGAAGAGCAGAGGUGGUUGUUCCUCAGUGUCUCGCCAGACCACCUUCUCGUGCCCUGAUCUCACAGAGGAGGAGGCAGCUGCCGUGACCCUACAGCGACACUGGCGAGGAUACCGCGUGAGGCAGAAGCAUCCUGCCGCCGUCUCCGUCAGGCAGGAGAUGAGGCAGGCGCGCGCUGAGGAGCACAUCAGAGUGCUACAAAGCAAACUGCAGCGGGCUGAGGAGGCGUUGGAAAGAGAGCGUCGCCUUCGUCACCUCCAAUUGGAAGCCAUACGCGCCCUCUGGCGGCAAAUUGGACGACUACAGACCGGCCGGACAACCCCAGCAUCGACCCCCUCCAGCACCCCGCUGACGCCCUCAACCCCAAUGGACGCUCUUCUCCCCAAGGGCAGCCUGGGCAGCAAACGCUCCUCCUCCUGCCGGUCCACGGACGACACCGUCAAGGAUCUCACGCAGUUCUGUAACCAACUGCAGGGGCAGGUGGUGACUCUGCAAGACUCUCUGUCAAUGGUGAGCCAAGUAAUGAACGCAUUCUGCCAGCUGCCCGCGUCUCAAGCGCUACUUCUGAGUCAGUCAACUUCAUGUUCCCCGCUACCUUCACUCUCGUCUUCUCAAAAUCCCCUGGGUGGAGACGACUCAACUACCAAACUCGACGGGAAUGCAGUACCUACAUCAGGGCAGCAAGGUACAAUGUGCGUGCAAAAUUCUGUGGCUCUCACCGAGUCUUUGUCAUCCUUGACAUCCUCCAUAACGGCUCUCACAUCUAACAUCGUGGCAACGGGCUCAUCGGGGUCUACUUCUGCAUGUGACGUAGUAGCAGUUAGUCAGAGCGAGGUUGAAGCUGCUACAGUUAACAAAGCUGAUAAUGAGUCAGGCGAUGGCCUGGACCGGAAUUCAACUGCUCUGGAUGCAUCCACGACCUCACACGACGACGGAGCGGAUGUGUCAGAGUUGAGCCACGGCUCGUCGGCUGCCAGCCAUUCUGGCAGUCAUGCGACAGGACGACCAACAACCAUCCAAAGUUGCGUGGGACCGCAGCGGCCCUCGUCCCUGCCAGUGUGCAGGGACUCCGCUCAACGCAGGUGACUUGGGACGGCAACGUUCGUUCUGUCAACGCCUUGCCGAGACGUGAACGUCAUGGUUUAGUGAUUGCCUUAUCAGCUUGCUCCGGGUGACCGUUGUCAGAAACCUAUCUACUCGUCUAUGGCGGCCUAUAAUUGGGAAUAAUCUCUUGUUAGAAAUUAUUUCAAGUAUCGGGGCAGAAAUUAACGAGCAUAUUAUCAUUUAUGCUGUUUUUUUUCUGUCCUCGAUAUUGUCCCGAACUAAAGUUAUGUCACAUUUUCAACAUAACUGAAUGAAGAGUUUUGAAGUGCUGACCAAUAAUUGUGAUGCCUUCUUGCCAGUUGUUCCAUUCACCAAAAGUUGUGUUCAUAACUUUUUUGCCAUAACUUUUUUCUUGAAAUUGGUCUACCCUCUAAAGCAUUCUAUAAUUUGUAGAUUGAAGAUUCCUACUUCUUUUAUUUUUAAAUUGUAAUCGUCAGUCUGUUAUAUUUAGACCGACAUGGUGCUGUGUACAGACUAAUUUAUCCUUGAGAGGCUCGUUACAUCAGGCUUUCUAUGUCUGUGCCCGUUUUAGUAGCUGCGCCUACCCCGCGUACCGCUGCACUUGUGGCUUCGACAGCAACGCCCCUUGAUUUUCCCUUUCUUCUGCAUGUUUGCUGUCUUCUUUCACUAAAGUCUGAAUAAUUUUAAGAAAAAGCUCAGAGAGAUAUUGCGUUGUGUAGGACGGAACCAUUUCUUGAUGUUGCAAUGGCCUCUUAGUAAUAUUUUAUUUCGACUCCCGACUACAGAUGAGCUCAAAAUUGUUUCUUCAACUAAGUCAGAGCACGUGAUCUUGGCUUUCCUCAUUUGACAUUAAUUCGUAAUUACUUGCAUCACAAUUGUGAACUACAUGGCUCAAAAAUUGGCUAAGAAUUUUGUCAUAGACUCCUCAGAAGCGUAUGAUCCUACAGUUCACUGUAUAUAUGCAGAUGCUGGCGGACUAUUUUGUAAUUGGUGUCGUGGUUAACGAAUUUUAUGUUUUUCAGCGCUUACUGUAUUUUCGUGUGUUUUAGUGUUGUAUAAUCUUGUCAUCUCAUCAUUACCAAAGUUAUUUUACUUAUCUGUAAUUCUUGUUGCUAUUUAUAUGGAGGAGAUUUGGGGAUUUGUUAUUGAAAUUAAUGUUCCUCUGAUCUCAAAUCUGUUGUUGAUCUCUCUAUCUCCCGGGACCUCAGGUGAUCUCUGUUUGUUGAGUUGAACUCUUUUUAUAUUUAAAUAUAACUAAAUCCUAGGUUUAAGUUCAUCCCGAGUGUAAGUAUGUAACGCUUAAUACAUCAUAUUAUAACUUUAAUUAUAUAUUCAUUUCGUUUAUAAACAUGGAUCUGAUCUCAUAAGUUGAACGUGGCGCAUCGAUCAUCAUGAACGUGUUAUGAAAUUAGUUGCUGUUGUUAAGCUUCAGCUACGGCGAUUUAUGCUGCUAUUUAUAUUUAAACUAGAAGUGUUUUAUGUAUAGAAGUGCAUCAAAUGUUGAAAAGCCUUAUUUACUACAAACUAAUAAAAGUAUUCAAUGUUAUUUUUGAUGAUUAUGUUACUUUGUAUUUAGAAUUUUAUCGUGGCACGAUUAUCCUUUAUUUUUUACUACCGUACUAUCUUUCUUGCUUCUGCAAUGAAAUACGCUUGAGCUGACCAAGUAUAGUUUCAUUAAAUUCUUCUAGUUUUAUGUUCAUUCUAUUGUAAGAUUCCGAUUCUUUAAUUUCAACUUUUGUAAUUAGAAUAAUUUCAGAUAAAAUUGACAUAGGCCAGUAUAACCAUUGUUUAAUUAAGGUAAAUUGUCGAACAUUGUGAUUUGUCUGUAGUUGAUACGUGUCUAGAUUGUUGCAUAACUUACAGGGGCUGGACAAAAUGAGGGAAACAUUUUCAGAUGAAAAUGUUUGAACAUGUUAUAAACAAUGAAAACUUGGUUUUUAAUUUUUAUUAUUCAUUAAUGUGGCAAGCUGAUAUUUUAAGCUUCUUCGGAUAUUUUUAGAGUUUUUUGUUGCUAUAACCUUAUAAAAUGGCAAACUUCUCCGACUUUCAAAGCGGCCAAAUUGUUGGUGCUCAUUUGGCAAGUGUCAGCCACACACUAACAAUUCACAAUUUGUAUCAAUCAAUACCUCGGGGAAUUGAGGCUGCAAAAGGUAGACUUACGCCGUACAAGAGUAUAUUUUGUGGAUUUUUAAGGUGUUUUUUCUAAUUUUGUCUAUCUCCUGUAUGACCACUGGUUCUAAGAAGUUACAUAUAUGCACGGUGUAAUACGACUAUAAUCGGAAGCUUUCUUCAGUUGCGAUAACAACUGUCGUCUGCGGUUAAAGCUCUAGAUCUAAGAUGCAUGCGUUCAUUCUAUACUGAAUAUUUGUUCUGCUGUUCAUUUUGUAUUAGUAUGGAACUGAUCCAUUCAAUGGCCACUUAUUGGAAAUGAUAUUCCUGGAAGGUACCUUAACAAUUUCUUGCUGGCAGACUACUCGGGCCUCCAACCAAAUACGAGAUUGCAUUCCAUCUCAAUUGUAGACCUUAGGCCAUUAAAAUUAUAAAAAAAUUCAAUACUCCGCUCGGAGAUGAAUUUCGGAUUAAUAUUUUCUGUUGGAAUCGUCAGUUAGAAUCUAAGAACUCGACCAGCCGGCGCUGUAGUUCUAGUCACUUCGUGCUCAGAAAAGUUCUUGGAAGAAAUCGCCGUUUGCCUGGCGCCUUAUCUCUUACCUCACACCUCUACCUGUUAAAUAAGUUCAAUGUAUAUAUUUCAGUAUGGGACAUUAAUUUAUAAUUUAUUUAAAAUUAUGAAAUGAGAAGAAUACUAAUAUAUUGUUUUUUUUUCUAAGUAAGACCACUAAAUACUCAUAAGUUUACGUUAGUAGACGUACAAUAAAAUAUUCGUAUCUGUUGGUAAUCUCUACACGGUACGUAUCUUUAUUGCUCUGUGACGGUCUAAAAUAAGUUUGAGGUGUUCCACCUGUUGACUUCUAUUGGACGCUGAACCUCUGGUGGGUUGACUCAUCCUGCAGCGUCUCACGCUCAAUUAUCCAUGAGAGGCUCGUUACAACAGGCCUAAAAAUUUGAUGAAAUGAAAAUUUUUGAUCUCAAAUUAUACAUACACGCGCCAUUGUUCUGGCCAGAUAUCGGUGAUUAUUGCGAAACAAAAUUUAGAAAAGCUCAACUUGAUGGAAAUUCUCGAUGAAAUAAUCGAAAGUUUAACUUUUCUACUAGCCUCUAGUUUGUUAUUCAAUAUAUAUAAAGUGUUCUAAUAAGAAGUUGGAUUAAGUUACCCAAUACCGUCAAUACGGUCACAAGACUUGCUGUUCUAUUUAAUAAUGCAUGCGCUUCCUUGCACGUUGCCGCCUUUGUUGGGACCAUCCGUCAUAGGACCAUAUGCGCUCAGCAAAUUUGUUCUCAAUUUAAUGUAACAUUUACCUUUUUUAGGGCUUUUAAUAAAGACUAAAGCCCGAUGCACGAAUCGGAAGCAAUUUAGGCGUCAAGACAGCGUUGUUACUGAAGUAAACCUCUUGUCGAUCUAUUGCCCUAUGGCGAUAAAGGAUGGUAAGUAAUAUAAUUAUGGAGCGCCUCUGCUAUACUUUUAAUGUUAUUACUUUGACUUACAAGCCUGCAAAUGCUUCUACUUUUUUUCUGCCGUACAAUAAGUGCUGUGAGUUCAUGGUCGUCGUCACACAUGUGCCUAAUGUUCCUUUUAGUUGUAGGAUGGGAGUUAUAUAUUAUUAUUUCAAAUCCAAGUGGCAGGUUAUAUUUACUUAAGUUGAUCUCACCAAUUGUUUUCAAAAUUUUCCAACCAGCUUGAGAUUAAGAGGUUGUUAAGCAUAAUAUAUUUAUAUAGUAUAUACACGCAUAUAUGCAUUUCAACGGCGAUGGAACUUCGGUCGAAUAACUUAAAACCGUCGAACGUCUUGGAUAUUCCAAUUAAUGUUGAUGCAUCAUUUGGCGACGUAGGCCUAGAAAAUUAGGAAAAUUUUGGUGGGUGCUAAGCGCAGAAACCUGCCAGUAUGCUGCUGGUAGCGAGUUGCCUCUGAACUGAAAAUUCAGAUCCUAUUGAUCCUAUUUAACUGAGGAUGUACAUAACAAUGUAAUUCUCUACCUUUGUGACCAAUGGCAAGUUCUUCACGUAUGUUGAUAAAGUGACAUGUAAUAACGUGUCCGUGCUUAUGUAUUAGCUUUUGCGUGGCGCAUUUGCAUGAAAAUGUUUACUUGACAAUUACUAGAUUUACUUGCCAGCUUGGGAUUAAAAGAUUGUGGGCUGGUUAGAAUAUAUUCAAAAAGAUAGCAUUUAAGGGCACUGUAUUUCCUUAUUAAUAAACUGAAUCGAUUCUA